GUUUUAUGAAUAUCAAAUUUCCCGCCAUUGCGCAAUGUCCAUCGCAUUAAGAAUGGAUUUCGAAUCUGUUUACUAUGUAUUCAAUGAUCAAAGCGCGGAGUGGGAGUGUGUCAGUUCUACCUAAAUGCUGUGAUGGAUGAAGUUUCGUCAAACGAUCUGGGAAGUAGGGAAAGUAGUGGGAAAUUACCAUGUGCUGGAUGUCUCAAUGCAAUUGAUGAAGAUGAAUUCAUACAGGCAUUAUAUCAAGAAUGGCAUAUUGAUUGUUUUCGGUGCUCUGCAUGUGAUAUUGGUCUCUCCACAUGGUACUUUGAGAAAGAUGGUUUACUUUUUUGUAAAGAUGAUUAUUGGGCUGCUUAUGGAGAAGCUUGUCAAGGUUGUGGUCAAAUCAUUACAGGUCCUGUCAUGUUGGCAGGUGAUCACAAAUUUCACCCAGAAUGUUUUGCCUGUAAUUCUUGUGGAGCUUUCAUUGGAGAUGGAGAAAGUUAUGCAUUAGUUGAGAGAUCCAAACUAUAUUGUGGAAGUUGUUAUAAGAGACAAAUGCAGCCAAUUAAUAGAGCACCUAAUUAUCCAUUCACACGGAAACCACACAGUAUCAGAUUAGUGGAAAUACCUCCAAAUACUUCUGAUCCUGAAAAACAGAGAGGAAUCAAAUUGACAUUAGAUACAACUCCUAGUCCUCGAAAUUGUGGUGCUUUACUUCGUAUAUCUGAGUUAAUGAGAAAUGUUCGUGGAAAAAUCAGUAAGCUGCUGGCCUCUGUGAUGGAGGUUCUAUUUAGACUAUGCUGCCACUUCUCUAAUCAUAGACUGAAUAUGUCCAGUGAUCUCAUAUCUUUGCAUAUCGGUGAUCGUAUACUCGAAGUAAAUGGUACCCCAGUUAAAGAUCAGCCAAUAGAGAGUAUUGAAAAUCUUAUACAGUAUUCUGAUACAGUUUUACAGCUAACUAUUGAACACGAUCCGGAUACAGUUUCUCGACAACUCACGUAUUCAUCACCGUCUGCAGCGAUGUUGACGUCGAUUUCGAGUUCUAAAACAAGCCCUGAAAAUAAAGAACGUUUAUUUAAACGGCGAGAUGAAGGUUACAUCAGUGGAACGCGAAGCAGGCAAUUGCGAAGAACCAGAGAUCCUAUGCAUAAAGAACGUAGUAGUUCUAUGUCGCGAUUACUUGAUGGAUCUUCACCCACAAAUCUUACAUGUGACUUAAGCAGAACUAGAUCAUUUCGUGUCGAACCAAAGAAUCAAAGAAUAUUCCGUGCUAGUGAUUUAGUGAAAGGUGAAUUGCUAGGUACAGGAUUUUUUGGACAAGUGUUCAAAGUUACACAUAGAGAUACUAACGAAGUUAUGGUGCUAAAAGAAUUAUAUAGAGUUGAUGAAGAAGCUCAAAAGAAUUUUCUAAAAGAGGUUGCCGUUUUACGUUCGCUACAUCACAACAAUGUUCUCCGAUUCAUCGGUGUUCUUUACAAAGAUAAAAAGUUACAUUUGGUCACUGAGUAUAUAGCAGGAGGAACUCUAAGAGCUCUGCUACAUGAUACAAAUGAAAUCUUACCGUGGGAACAAAGAACAUCAUUUGCUAAAGAUAUAGCUGCUGGUAUGGCUUACUUACAUUCCAUGAAUAUUAUUCACCGAGAUUUAAACUCGCAUAAUUGUCUUGUACGCGAGGAUAAGACUGUAGUCGUAGCCGAUUUUGGCUUAGCAAGGAUAAUACAGAAUGGUAACUCCCCUGAUAAUCGCAAAUACAGUAGACAUUCCGAGGGAGAAACGAAAACGUCAAAGAAAGAACGAAAGAAAAGAUACACAGUAGUAGGAAAUCCAUAUUGGAUGGCGCCUGAAAUGAUGAAGGGUAACAAAUAUGAUGAAAAAGUUGAUAUAUUCAGUUUUGGUAUUGUUGUUUGUGAAAUUAUUGGACGUGUUCAAGCAGAUCCUGAUUACUUACCACGAUCUUCAGAUUUCGGGCUGAAUCAGAAUGUAUUUAAGGAGAAAUUUUGUUCUAAUUGUCCGGAAAUGUUUUAUAUGAUCGCCUUUCUUUGUUGUGAUCUAAAUCCCGAUAAGAGACCACCUUUUGAAAUAAUGCAAUUAUGGUUGGAAGGACUGGCAAUGCAUUUAUCGAUGGGUGCAGAAUUACCAUCGAAUUUGGAAUACGAUAUCAGAAAUUAUAUAGGACCUAGCACAAGUACUAGUGAAUCCACAACUCCAGAGAGUUUGGCACCGCAAUUGAAGCCUAUUAAAGAAGGUCAAGUACACCAAGAGAAGAAACGAUGCAGCGGUUGUAAUGACAGUACGUUGGAACGUGAAGAAACGGAAUCUAAUAAUAUUCUUCAAGUGCCUGAUGUAAUAAAUUCUCGAGGAAAAUAUAUAAGGCAGAACAGCAAAACAAAUGAUUCGCCUGGAACCUCGAGUCGUUAUUCGAGACAAAACUCACGAUCUAAGGAAGUUUCAAUUGAAAAACCAGAAAUUGUUAUUUCUCCAGAUUCUAGUGGAUUUACUGGUUGCUUUCCGAGACAAAAUAUCAAAUCAAAUGAAUCAGCUGUCUAUAAUUUCAAUGAUAAACAAGAUUCGUAUUUGAAAAAGGAUUUAACAGAAUGCAAUUUGAGAAGGAUACCUACUAUUGAAAAAAUGCGCUAUGUGGGCAGAACAAAUCCGUGCUCUUUAUCAGAUACUCCUGAAUAUAUUAUUGAUAACAAAGUGUUAUGUAAAGUAAACAAUUGUUUAAAUUUCAAAUCAGCGGAAAAAUCUAAUGAAUAUAAUUCAAUUGGAGAUAGUCAUUCGAGAAUUAAGCUGGAAAAUAAGUUUAAAAUGUCAGAUACGAAUUCUGUUAGUUCUUAUUUAAAACAAAUUGGAAAAUCUAUAAAUGUUGUAGAAAAAGAAAAUAAAAUCGACGGUCAAAAUGAUAAUGACACAAAGAAAAUCACAGCUGAAACUUCAAAAUCAUCGGGAGGCUCUUAUUUAAGAAGAACAAAGAUUUCUCCCACAAAGGAGACACCAAAGGAUGCAUUUUUGUCACAAAAGAAUAGUCAAUCUGAAGCUAUUUCAUUUUCGUUGCAAUCAAAAGCAGAAAUUACUGAAGAUAAGUCUAUCAAUGAUAAGCUAAUCAGACAAGAAAGUAAUAUUUCAGAUAUUGGAAGUAUAUUAUCUAGACAAGGAAGUCUCACAGUACUAGAUUGUACAGCAAAGCAUAAAGAUCAAAUAUAUAAAGAUUAUUCGUCUUUUAACACUUUACAAAAAGAAGAUUUUCAUAAAGAAGGAAAUUUCAAGAAAAAUACGAUGUUUUAUUAUACAGAUAAUCUCUAUUCAAAUUCCAGUCUUUCCAAAAACGAUGAUUUUCUUUCCUACAAUACACGAAAUGAAACUAAUAUAGAUAAUGAAAAAGACUAUACUACUGAAGAUUGUACCAAAUUCAAAUCCGAUGAUUCUAAGAAAACAGUAAUCGAAACGAUACCUGUAUAUGAUGGAAAAUUGCCUAAUUCUUUGACAGAAUACACAGGAUGUUAUAAAAAUGUGGAUUUAUGUAGACAGGAUAGUUUUGGUUCUGAUAGUGCAGUUGGUACCAUGAGAAGUAAUUUUUUUGCAGAUUUAGAGUUCGUUCAUUUAAGAGACGGUAGGCAUACACCGGAUUUGUGCCAUACUCCUGAACGAUGUUGUACUCCUAAUCGAGCUACGUCACCUAUAGAAAGCACAGCUUUAUGAAAUUUCCAUGUUAAUGAAAUAACGCAUCAUGUUCAUAAUGAAACAAAUCUCGUAUUUUAUUAAUUUGAUUUUUUUUUCGCUUAACGAUAAUCUAAUAAUUUAAGUUGUUUAGUUUUUCAUUUCUCUUUUUAAUUCUCAUACUCUUAAACUGAUCAUAUCAAAUGUUAAACUUUUUUUUUGCGUGUUGCAGUAUUGCGUAAUAAUAUCUAAAAUAAGUAUUAUUAAUAAUUUGAUGUCCAGUAUUAAUGAAUUUCAUUGCUAUUUUUUUUGCUUUCAAUUUCUAUGAGUUUGAAAUAUCUUGGAUGGUGCGUGCAAUGGUGCCCUCCGACGAACUCGCAUAAGAAAGUUCGCAUUCUUGCAAAAUUUUGCCUUGUGGUUCUUAUAAGCGGGAAUUUAAGUAAUUAUAAGACUAACGAAAACAUUCCAUCCACAAUCUUAUCUGAUACAUCCAGAAUCAGUAGGAUUAAUACGUGGUUUUCUUGAAUGGUGUCCGUAACGUGCCGAUCACGUGUAAUAAUUUUUGACACGUGUUCUCGAGAACACAAAAACGAAAAUCUGGAUCGAUACAUCUCCAGUUCUUUUUUUUUUUUUUGAAAAUACGGGGUUAUAUUGAAGAAGUUGUAAACAUUAUUGUAGAGUCAGUUUUGUAGAAUAGAAUGUAAAAAAAAAUGAUAUUCUUUAUCAAACAUAUAUGUACAUCAUACUGUAAAAUAUUAUCCACAUGAUGGUGAUGUGCAUGUAUAAAUUAUCGACAUGUAUAAAUUUGAAUUCAUCAGUUAUAUCUUUGUUAUUUGCAUAAAAAAUAGAAUUUCACUUAUUUGAUAUUGAUAUUUUCUUCAUGUUCUUAAAAUUAUUAUUUAUAUUUUCUGUAGUAUUGUAUUUGUAUUUGUAUUUUCUAUUUCAUAUUAUUUUUAAUUUGUAAAUUGCAUUUUAUUUUUAUUUAACUUAAUUUUCAUAAAUAUAUUAACAAAGAUAUAAAUGAUGAUAUAGUAUGAUGUGUAUAAUAUAAAAAUGUACAUAUAUUUUGUAUAUAUACAUAUAUUCCAAUAUUUGUCAUGUUCAAAAUACUGUUUACAGAAUAUAUAUUAACAGUAAGAAACUUUAUAUUGAUAAUGUAGAGACAAAAGUUCUUUUGAUACUAUUAAAAAAGUUGUAUUUCUAUUAUAUUCUAAUUAUAAGAACAUUGUUCUCUAAUUUGAUCAAGAUAGAGUCAAAGUAAAAUAAAAGAUUUAAAUCAAUUAUAAUUUAAUUUUGAAUCAUAUUCCAAAAAAAAGUAUUAUUAAUAUUUUUUGCAAAAAUUAAUUAGCAUUUCACUUUAUAUUAUGUACAAAAAUUUGUUCACUUUGUUAUUCAUAUUUUUUUGCCAUUCAACUUUUAAUUUAGAUGAUUGGAGAUGUAUUACUAUUAUUUUCUUUAUUUUGAGAAAUAUUUUAUAUUAUAUAUAAUUUGAAUACUGUUGUUAUUGAAAGCACUUUGAUUCAUUACACCAAAUAAAUGUUUAUUAUCUGUGAUAGAAAGUGUUUUGAAGCUGUCUAUAAUUAAAAAAUUUUACAGGAAGCAACUGAAGAAAUAUUAUUAAAAUAAAGAAACCCCAAUUCUUAUUCUUUAAUAUAAUAUUAAAUUGAAAUCAUAUUAAUGAAAACAAAAAAAAAAUAAUUUUUCAAAUAUUAAUUUUAAUGGACAAUACGUGCAAUAAAUAAUUCUACAUAUAAAAUUUGUAUUUCAAAAUAUAAGUAAGCAUAAUUAAAAAAUGAAUACAUGCAAAAAUAAUAAAAAAUAUUUAAUUUACAUAAUGUUUAAAUGAAAGAUUUGAUGUAAACUAUUGAAACAUUCGAAUAAAUUUUUAAAUAAUAAUAUUUUUAAAACAUUUUUUUUUUAAAACAUUUAAAACAAUUUAACUGAAAAGUUUCAAUCUCUCAAAUUUUUAAAUCAAACUGCUAAAAUCAAAUGUUGGAUCGAAUGUUUCAAAGUUUGAAUAAAUAUAAACUACACAUACCGAAUGUACACAUAUUUAAAAAUGUCUGCGUAAUGAAUAAUCUUCAAGUUGUAAUAUAUAAAUAAUUGCGUGCAUAUAUAAAACGACGAGUACUACUCGUCGUAUAUCGAUUUUCAAACAAACAGUAUUAGUCUCGUUAUUGUUGCUUACUUAUGAAUAUCGUAGUAAACAAGUAGAAAACGUUAUAGACACACGUGACGGGCACAAUAAGAAUUAUGUAAACUUUUGUAAAAAAAAAAAAGAAAAAAAAAAAAAAAGAAAAAAAAAAAGAUGAAGAAGAAAACCUUUGGAAUAGUAGACACAUUAUUUUUAUAGUCUCUGUAAAUUAUUAAGCUCCUUUUGUUCAACAUAUUGGGAGACACAAGGAGCAUUCAUAAAUCAAUCCCAUGCAAAUUAUUUUUCUUCACUCCGAUAAUGAAAACAUGAUAGAAUCAGAGCAUAUUUCGUAUACUACACUUUGUUAUGGAAUAAAAUGCAUCACAAAAAAUUUCCGAGGAAAUUCCGAGGCUUUGUGGAAAAUUAACAGGUUAAACAUGAAAUAAUUUCUUAAUAAUAAUAUUUUUGUAGGAAAAGAUUCUGGAACAGAAAUUUUUAUAUAAAAAAUAUUUUUAUUAUAUAUUUUUAAAUCGAUAAAUUCAUCAGAUUUCUUUAUAUCUUUAAUUAAAAAGUUUAUGCUUGAUUGUGUACUUAAUUAUUAUAUAUAUAUAUAUAUUUUAAUCCAAUACCACAUUUUGUAUUGAAUUUGAGGUUACGUUAAACUUAUAAUAAAAUUUGUUAAAAUCAUAUAUGAUGCGAUUGCUCAGUAAAAUAUUAAAAUAUUAAAUUUCAUUUUAUGGAUAUAAACUAUAAUGAAAUAAAUUUCUUUCGAGAAUCUAUUUCCCAAGAUUACAAAAUGUAAAUUAACAGACAGUAAUAAAUGUACGAAUGUCGAAAAAAAAAUAUUUGAAAGA